AUGUCUGAACUGCGCGCGCUCGAAGCCCUCCAGGCUCUGCACGGGGAACUGGUCGCUGUCCGCCAGCAUCGAUAUGAAGGACUGCAGACUUUGGAGCAGCUUUUGGACGCGCAAACCGAUGCAUUCAAGAAGCUGAUCGACAAACCCCCGCGAAACUCGACCCACAGAGCAACCCUAGGGACAGGAAAGGUCAAGGUUGGCGAAGACGAGUACGCGAUCAAUGACGAUUUUGUCAACGACUGCCUCCGAGUUGCCGACGACUUGGAUCUGGACGAGCUCGAAUCGGCAAGAAUUUUGUUGGAUUGCGAUGCAGAAGGCGAUACCGAAACGCAGAGCCGACCUUUAUGGGAAUGCGCCGUCAUCCGUUUCCACCAAGAACGCAGGUAUCUACUUGACUGCAUGCGCCUGAUCGUCGAGAUAGCGGCCGAUGAAGACCUUGAACCGGGCCUGCAAGACUCGUUCGGCAUCGUCGCCGAGGACAAGGUAUUCGGCAUCCCUCCGCCCGAGUUACGCACAGGGGCUGCCGGCCCGAAGGCUGUCUCAAGAUGCAUGGAGGCUAUGCAGAGUGUGAGGGUCAUGCUACAGAACAUGACGGAAAAGGCCGCGGCCCGGAACCUACUGCAGCAAGCUGCUCUCGUGAGGGGCUCAGAAAAUCAAGAGACAUUCGACUUCUCACGGACCAGCCUCGUUGAGCAGCAUGAGUGUUUGGCGGCAAUUCUCCACGCCGCGGUCGAGAAACGUCAUGCGACGGUCAACGACUUCCAGGACUUCCUCCAGGCCCUCAGAAAAGUCGACAAAUAUGAUCACUUCCUUGUUCAUUUGUUCCCGGUUCUCGCUGCUUACAUCUCGGCCUUCGGUUCCACGGAGGGGGUGGGCGAUCUCCAACAAGCGCGCCAGCUCAACCGUGUUGUCUGCAAACAAACCGAUGAUUCGUGGGCUCUCCCGUACCUCGGUGCCGCCGUCCGGGCUUGGUGGAUUGCCGAGUAUAGCGGAUGGUACCUCGACGACACGAGCUACGACUUUCAAGGGAUUAACCUGGACGAGGAAGAUGACGAGAGGAACAAACAGUUUAUUGAGGCACUCAAAGAGGGCGCAUUCGACUUUAUAUUGUCAGUUGCCGCGGACUGUAAAGCCCAAGAAUGGCAGGACCCAUCGCGAUUGGGUAUGCGUCAAUGGCUGCAACGAAAGUCCCCUUCGUUAGCAACGGACCCGUUCCCUUUCAGUCAUUUCCUCCAGCAAAUUCUCAUGGUGCGCUUGGAGGGGUUUGUGGAUGCCUCUAUCUCGAACCUUCCAGAUAUGCUUCGCAAGCUGAGGACGGAAGAAGAUGAGCAAAGGCAGCUCAGUCAAAGCCACGAACAAGACCUCGACCUUGAGCGCUUCCUGAUCAUCAUAUCAUAUGCCUACGAGGGCAGGCCGGACGCGGCCAUGUCUUUCUGGGAAGAUCCGGAUAGCAAUUUGGCCGGAUUUUUGCAGUGGGCGUCUAGACGAGCUUCCACGCCGCUUGUCAGCGCAUUCUGUGAAAUGCUCCAGUGUCUCUCUGACAACGAGGAAUGUGCGACCGCUGCUCACACCUUUUUGCUCGACGAGGGCCACCAAUCUUCUGGCAAGAUGAAGCGCUCUCAGUCUUUGACGUGGUCCCAGAUUUUCAAGGAGUUGGAUUACUUCACAAAACAGCUUCGGGACAAGCCACCCCCAACACAGGCGCACACCAUACAACGCCCCACCAAACCCGUGGCUGACCUGGCUGAAACAGAGCCCGAGUCCGCCUUGAUGUUGGAAUGCUAUUUGCGGCUUAUCGCUAAGCUGGCAACGGAAAGCGAAGUUGCUCGGCAGAGGAUGAUGAUGGACGAGGAGAUGCGGCUGGUUGACACCCUGUUUAGGCUCGGAGAUGGCCCACUGCCGGCUCGACUCCGCGCUUGUAUUUUCUAUGUCCUUAAGGCUUUGAUGACUCAAAGACAGCCUCCUGAGAACGAGAUUCUGUGGAGGUAUGUCGAUGCUUGGGCAACGCACACUCUCACCAACCCGGGAAGCCAGCAACCGAUGACUUACCUCGGUCAACCACUGAGCCCAGAGGGGCACAUGGAAGCCCUCUUGAAUGACCUCAGCGAUGGUUUCGAGGAAUCGAACGCGUUCAUUCAGCUUCUUGCCUCCCUCUUCGCCCCGCUUGAGGGCCCGGAAGGGCUGAACGACAGCCUGACAUUCCCCGAAGACUUGGGCAGCAGCGUCCGAACGCCAGGGAUGGAACCUUACGUCGACUUCGUCUUUCGGGUCUUCUCUCAAAAGGCUCAAGAACUGGCAGACCCUGCCCAACUCAGGGCGGUGCGGCUUAGCUGCCUUGAUUUCGCCUUGACUUGCCUAUCAACGUUCAACGAAGACCUCAUAAUCCUGGGCAACGAAAGCAAUAUUGCCAUCGAUGUGGCCAUGCCAACAACUGAUUUAGCUACAUACGUCCGCCUCCAUCCCUUCGCCCGCGUCAUGGAGUGGCUCUUUAACGAAAAGGUCAUCACCGCCUUGAUUCGCACCAUCCACCAAGAUGCCGUUAUUUUGGGCGCUGCAUCCCCAGACUCGCCUUUGGUGCUCAGUAUUCUGCGGGGCAUCCAGGUCAUGAUCAAAGCUCUCGACCUGCAAGAAACUUAUUUACUCCUGAUAUCUACGUCCCCCAAAAUCAUCUCGGCCUGGAACCCAGAUACUGGCCGCCUGGGCCACCGAAACAAGGCGAUUGUUCAGCUCGAAAGGAGCGGCGAGGGCCAUACCAUUGCCGCUUCACUUGCUGCUACCAUAUCUGCGCCCCUGGAUCCAGCACUGGAGGCCGAGUCAGAGAGCUAUGUGAUCAAGCUGUUUAUCCUCGACUUCAUCUACGAAUGUCUCAAUGCGACGCCCGAUCAGCCAACCAUCGCCCAUCUUCUCCUCGGUUUCCACUGCGAACUGAACAAGUUGGGCAUCGAGCCACGGGGGGCUUUCGAUUCCCAGAAGUCUCUUUUUCACAAUCUGCUCAACAUUGUCAUCGGGAUUUCGGUAUACGAGGAGGAGCGUGGGAUGCGCGGAUAUCUUAUCACCUUAAAGUAUCGAAUUCUACGCAUCUUGCAGAUUCUCUGGAAAUCCCCGCUUUCCAGCACCCUGGUCAUGGACGAGUUGAGAGCCACCAACUUCCUCUUCCAUAUGCUGCUGAGGGAGAUCCAGAUUCAGCCGGACCUGACAUGGGACGAGUUGCAAGCGAACAACCCCGAGUUCCUUCUCUCCAACGCCUCGGUGGCAUACAUCGACUACCUUGGUGCUCGAGCCAUGGUGUUUGAGUACAUCGGCAAGGAGUUGUGCAGCGUUUCGCAAAACAGGAUACCUUCUAUCAAGCGCCAGAUUUUCGACGCCCUGAACGGGCAGAUCAAGAUGGACAGCGAGGAGCCCUUAAGCCUUGCAAACAUCUUCGAUUUCUUCGACUUCCUUAAUCCCGAUGCCGCCUGGGACGUGCCCCCGCCGCAAUUCGUCUUCUAUAAAGAUCUCGACCUGAGGCCGUCUGCUGUCGAGCACCCCGAUGCCGGUCUGCAGUACAACAUCCACAAAGUGCGGGAAACCAUCGCGCUGAAGCGUAAUGAAUUUAGGGAUACGUUCCAAGUAGCAUCCCAGCAGCACCUUGACGCUAUCGAGACAGAAGAGCGGAUUUUGGUGGAGUACUUGACCUUCACGAACCGCCAGAAGCUAUUCGCCGCGUCGAGGCUCGGCUUGCUCAAAGCAUGGGCAAACCUGCUUCUGAUCAUGUUUGAGGCCAACGACUUCAAGGGCACACCCAAGAUGGCUUUUCUACUGCAGGCACUCCAAGCCAUUCUCCCAACGCUUGAAGCCUACAGCACGCUCAGCCCAGCCGAAGCAUUAGAACUCGCAAGAGUCGCCAAGGUACUCCUAUUCAAACUCGACUUCAACGACGACGACGACAACUCUGCGUCCUUUGUGCAAAGAGAAAAGUUCACCGUCGGCAACCUCAUCAGCGAUAAGCUCUUCCAGCUCUUCCAGGUCUGCCUCAGCUCUAUUAGCAAAUGGGCCGGCGGUGCGGAGCUCCGUGCGCUCUACUACGGGAUUUGCUACCGCUACCUGACCGCUAUCGUCGACAAGGACACCGCAGCCGCCACCGGAGGGCGCAACCGCAGCGUCGCAACAGCCCGGACGAAGACACUCAAAGCGAUCCAACUCCACGGCGACCGGCUGCUCAACGUCAUCUGCGACGACGCCUACGGCAGCGACACGUCCUGCCAAACGGCCGCAACGGUCCUCCUCUCGGCGCUUGUGCACACCUCACGCCGCUCCUCGGCCGACGACGACACAGCCAUCAUCGACGCCCUCAACCGACUCAACUUCCUCGGCGUGCUCGUCGACUCCCUCAAGACCAUCCUCGCCGACUGGCUCGCCGUCAUCUCCUCCCCAGCCGGGGGAACAACCGCAACAACAACAACCGCUUCCGAAUCCCACCACAACAACAAACAAACGGAGCAAUACCUCACCGCCAAGCUCGCCCUCCUCCUCCAGCUCGCCCAGACCCGCCACGGCGCCAAAUACGUCCUCCAAGCGGGCCUGUUCCGCGCGCUCGAACUCGCGGGCGUCUUCGGCGCCGACCCGGAGCUGCAAGUCGACGCGCGCAACACGCGCGCCCUCGAGAAGCACUACGCCCUGCUCGUCGCGCUCGCCCGCAUCGUUGCCGCCGCCGUGCUCGCCCGCGGCGCGAGCAAUGUUGUCCAGGGCCGCCGCUUCCUCACCCAGCAUCGCAUGCUAGUGGUGCAUACCCUAAAGCGGAGCGCGGGGAUUGGGGUGGUGGGGGGGAGGGGUGCGCAGGGGAAUGGGGUUGGGAACGGGAACGGGAACGGGGUUGGGCAGGCUUAUGGGGAUAGCCUGUUGGGUUCGGUGGGGGCGGGGACGAGGGAGGGGGACGUGGAAGCGCAGGGGGCGCUGGAAGAGCGGAUCGAGGAGCUGGCGGAGGCGUUCAUGCUGCUGAUUAUGGCGACGGGGUUCUUGGAGUUCGAGACGGGCCAGACCCCGGCCGAGAAGCCGCGGGUGGGUGCCACGCUUUUCCAUUGA